AAACAAAAGCAUCGAUAGUCGUGCGAGUACUUUCCAGCUGAGUAAAUAUAACGAUAUUUUAGGCAAAACAAUUUCUGCUCUGGUCACACCGUUUGCACACGUUUUCAUCUGUAGAUGCAAUCUGCAUAAAACAACUUUAAAACUCAAUUGAAGACAUUAACAAGCAGCAUGCCAGAACAGGAACAGCCAAGCACCGCCGAGACGCUAGCCGGUGAUGACGGCCCACCAAAGACGGCCAAACAAUUGGAAAAGGAGGCUAAGAAAGCUGAGAAACUAGCCAAAUUGCAGGCGAAGUUGGACAAAAAGGCGGCGGUAGCACCAGCGGCGGGUGAGAAGAAGGAGAAGCCCGAGAAACGCACCAAAGAGGUAAAAGAGGCUGCAGUUUAUACGGCCAACACAGCGCCUGGCGACAAGAAGGACAUCAGCGGAGCCCUCCCAGAUGCAUACAGUCCACGCUAUGUGGAGGCCCAGUGGUACAGCUGGUGGGAGAAGCAGGGCUUCUUUACACCCGAAUAUGGCCGUGAUUCCAUUGAUGCCCCCAAUCCGAAUGGUAAAUUCAUAAUGGUCAUACCGCCGCCCAAUGUUACGGGUUCGCUGCAUUUGGGUCAUGCGCUGACCAACGCGAUUGAGGACGCCAUCACGCGCUAUCAACGCAUGAAGGGACGCACCACGUUGUGGGUGCCCGGCUGUGAUCAUGCGGGCAUUGCCACACAGGUGGUGGUGGAGAAGUUGCUGUGGCGCGAUGAAGGCUUGUCAAGGCACGAUCUGGGCCGUGAGAAGUUCAUUGAACGCAUAUGGAACUGGCGACGCGAGAAGGGCGGUCGCAUCUAUGAUCAGCUAAAGGCUUUGGGCUCCUCCUACGACUGGACACGCGUUAACUUCACCAUGGAUCCGAAACUGUGCCGUGCCGUCACCGAAGCCUUUGUGCGCCUGCACGAACAGGGUGCCAUUUAUCGCAGCUCACGUUUGGUCAAUUGGUCGUGCACGCUGCGGUCCGCUAUAUCAGACAUUGAAGUGGACAAGGUGGAGCUGCCGGGACGCACGUUCCUGGCUAUACCUGGUUACAAGGAGAAGGUGGAGUUUGGUGUACUCAUCAAGUUUGCCUACAAGGUGGAGGAUAGCAAUGAGGAGAUCAUUGUGGCCACCACGCGCAUUGAAACAAUGCUGGGUGACACGGCUGUGGCUGUCCAUCCAAAGGACAAACGCUAUAAGCAUUUGCAUGGCAAGCAUGUGGUGCAUCCGUUCUGCGAACGCCGCCUGCCAAUAGUGUGUGAUGAGUUUGUGGACAUGGAUUUUGGAACAGGAGCAGUUAAAAUUACACCAGCUCAUGAUCCCAAUGACUACGAGGUGGGCAAACGCUGUAAUCUGCCUUUUAUUACCAUCUUCAAUGACGAUGGCUUCAUCAUUGGCGACUAUGGCGAGUUCACCGGCCUCAAGCGUUUCGAUUGCCGCAAACAACUACUGGAGCGGCUCAAGCAGUUAGGUCUUUAUCGCGAGACGAUCAACAAUGCAAUGGUGGUGCCCAUUUGUAGUCGCUCCAAGGAUGUGGUGGAGCCCCUCAUCAAGCCACAGUGGUAUGUCAAAUGCGCGGACAUGGCUGCCGCCGCCACAGAGGCUGUGCGCUCCGGUGAGCUGAAAAUUGUGCCGGAGCAUCACACGAAGACCUGGUAUCAUUGGAUGGAUGGCAUACGCGACUGGUGUGUCUCCCGGCAGCUCUGGUGGGGGCAUCGCAUACCCGCCUACCAUGUGAGCUUUAAGGAAUCCAGCAUUCAGCCUAGCACGUCUGAAGAAGAACAGUAUUGGAUUGUGGCACGCACUGAGCAGGAGGCUUUGAGCAAAGCCUCUGAACGCUUUGGCCUGGAUCCUAGUUUGAUUUUGUUGAAACAGGACGAGGAUGUGCUGGACACAUGGUUCAGCUCCGGCCUGUUUCCCUUUUCUGUGUUUGGUUGGCCAGACAACACGGCCGAUUUGCAGGCUUUCUACCCCACCUCGCUGUUGGAGACGGGCCAUGAUAUACUUUUCUUCUGGGUAGCACGCAUGGUCUUCUUUGGCCAAAAGUUGCUGGGCAAGCUGCCCUUCAAGGAGGUCUAUUUGCAUCCAAUGGUGCGCGACGCACACGGCCGAAAAAUGUCCAAAUCGCUGGGCAAUGUGAUCGACCCAAUGGACGUGAUAUGCGGUAUUACACUAGAGGGUCUGCACGAGCAGCUGAUUGGAUCUAAUCUCGAUCCACGUGAGAUUGAGAGGGCCAAGUUGGGUCAAAAGCAGGACUAUCCACAGGGCAUACCCGAAUGCGGCUCAGAUGCGCUGCGUUUUGCCCUGUGCGCUUAUAUCACCCAAGCGCGUGAUAUUAAUCUUGACAUCAAUCGCGUCCAGGGUUAUCGCUUCUUCUGCAACAAGCUCUGGAAUGCUACCAAAUUCGCGCUGCUCUACUUUAACGGCGAGGAACUGUACAAUACGCAGCUCACGCUCACUGAGCAUUCGAAUCAAAUGGACGCCUGGAUUCUGUCCCGUUUGGCGGCUACCAUUGAGACCUGCAAUGCUGGCUUCGAUACCUACGAUUUUGCUGCCGUGACCAGCGCCUGUUACGCCUUCUGGCUGUACGACGUUUGUGACGUGUAUCUGGAGUGCCUGAAGCCCAUCUUUCAGAGCGGCAGCGCAGAGCAGCAGGCGGCAGCCAGGCGCACUUUGUAUGUAUGUUUGGAUUAUGGCCUGCGUCUGCUGUCGCCAUUUAUGCCCUUCAUUACCGAGGAACUGUUCCAGCGUCUGCCGCGCGCAGACCGCACGCCCAGCAUUUGCGUAUCCAGUUAUCCAACCAACACAAACUGGCGCAACGCCCAAGUUGAAGCGGAUGUGGAAUUCGUGCAGAAGGCAGCACGCGUGAUACGCUCCGCGCGCUCUGAUUAUAAUUUGCCCAACAAAACCAAGACGGAGGCUUAUAUCGUUUGCACAGAUUCAGCCCCCAAUGCUAUACUUAAGCGUUAUGCCAGCGAUCUGUCUACCAUUGCCUACUGCUCCACUGUGACGUUCGACAGUCCGCCGCCCGCUGGCUGUGCCAUCCUCACCAUCUCAGGACAGUGUGAAGUGCAUCUGCUCCUCAAGGGUCUGAUCGAGGCCGACAAGGAGAUUGCCAAGCUGCACAAAAAACGCGAUCAACUAGAGCAGACCGUCAGCAAGAUAACCCAAGCAAUUCAGGCAUCCGACUAUGCUGCUAAGGUGCCAGCCGAGGUGCAAGCAGCCAAUGAGACAAAGCUAACUGAAUCCCGUACUGAAAUCGAACGCAUCGCUGCGGCCAUCGAGACGCUGAAACUUAUGUGAAGUAAUCAAUCCUUGAGCUGGACAGAAUGAGCUGCAAUAUGUUGAUAUUCUCUAAGACGCUUGACUAUACUCGCUUGAAAUCAGAAUAGCAAAAUAAGCUCCAAUGCAUUUUUGUUGCUUUAAACAUUAUUAACUAAUAGCUACAAUUUAUAAAAUAUGAGCUAAUUUAUUAAAUGAAACACAGGAAAUUUUAAAAAGCAA